CUAAGACAUGGUAUAUUAGAGAUGACGCAUGUGCUUUCCGGUAUGUGGAAAAAAGUCAGUAGUAUCUAGGUUGGAUUUGAGAAAGCUGCUCCCACUGUGUGAAAGCACAUGAGAUUCGAUGCCUCCCAAACUGCACUUAUUUGCAAAAUGACAGAAGAACAUGUCUGGAUAUGAUGACCGGGAUCAGAUUGAAAAUAAAGCUCUCCAUUUAGACACACCUGGCGCUGGUCGCCCGGUUGCUAUGCCCCCCAUAAAGUCCCAGCUUAUGGACAAUCCGGAUAAACAUGGUGUGUCGGAAGUUGCUUCCCGUAGUUUGUUUGAUUUGGAAUUGCCGUCCAUACUGCUCACACUUGACAAGAGCGAAUCCAAGUCUAAUCCGGAUAUACAUGCAGAUAGUAAACUCAUCACGGAACCAUCCGUCACACCUCAGACAUCGUACAAUUCUCUGCUUCACUGGGGACACAGUUCGACCAAAAACGAUGUCGAGUACUUACUCAACAAGUACAGUGAACUUCAGGGCAGUAUUCUGGCUGUGGAAAUCCCCCUUUCGAAUGUGAUUGUUGAAAUUGGUCAUGCAAAACUCCCAAUGUUGGGUCUUCAACUUGCCGGUCACAAAGAUUUGAAUCAGAUGAGCGUGUUCGUGUGUGGCCUUCGACCAGGAAGCAUUGCUGAACGGGAUGGACGGAUUGAAGUGGGCGAUCAACUGCUCGAGGUCAAUGGACACACGCUCUACGGUUUGAGUCAUUUGAAUGCGGCACCAAUCAUCCGAUCGAUUUACGUUGAGGCCAUUCGUGGGAGCAACAAAAUAUUUCGAAAAACCAAAAUGGGGUCCAUUCGAUUUGUUUUACAAAGACACGAAUCCAACGUCGGAUCGAUGGCGGCACAACCCGCUUGCGUUUCGGAGUCGCUGUCGGCAAAGUCCAGUCGGCGCAGCAGCGCAGAUACAAUGACAACGGCCAUUUCUACCCCGAAACACGGUGCUAGUGAAAAAGCUCGGCGCUCAAUCGAAAUGAUGAAUCUGGCUUUCGGAGACAAUCGCGGGCCACUGGUUGAAAGAAAACUGUUCAUCCAUCUGUUUCGGGGCUCCGCAGGAUUCGGUUUUGCCAUAAUGGAAGGAAGUCCAACCAACGAACCCGGUAUUUAUAUCAAGCAGAUCGUGGAAGGUGGGUCUGCAGCAAAGAAUGGACAACUUCGUCCGGGAGAUAGGCUACUUCGGGUGAACCAGAAAGAUGCCACUCAUGCGUCGUACGACACCGUCCUCGACUGGAUUCGGGCUGCGAAACAUGAGAUUCGACUACUGGUUAGUCGCUGGUGCUACAGUUCUCAGCCACACAGCCCCGAGGAGGUGCCUAGCCCCAGACAGAUCCGACUGUCGGUUCCACAACUACUCGGUGAUUUGACGAGUGCUUUCAAAUUCUUGGAACCUAGUCAGCGAUCACGCAAGGCAUUGAGUGUGGGGAUCCCAGAACCCGGUCUUCUGGACGAGGAUAACGGUAAGCAGUCACCAAACGGGCAUUUGUUUGUCAGCCACAAUUUAUCCCAAAUACGGCGCGCUAGCACUCCAAAUCUCCCCAGCUUUCGAAUAUCCUUGUGCAGUGAGGAAUCCCAAUGUUCUUCUGGCAUGAGGACGCCCCUGGUUCCGCUCCUUCCCGGCCAGACUAGCAAACGAAGCAGCUUGAAGCUUGAAGAACCGGCGCACGACGCAACCGAACCAGCGGAACCUCCGAAGACUCGAGUGAUUAUUCCCGGCAAGGAAGUGCAGAUUGAAUUAGAAGCUAGUUCGAAUUUGGCUCUUGGGAUGGGAUGUGUUGGGGGUUCGGAAACUUCGCUUAACCUUUUAAUCAUUCACGAAAUCUACCCCAAUGGAAUGGCUCUGAAGGAUGGACGUCUUCGUCCAGGGGACCAGGUUUUGCAGGUGAAUUCGAUCCACCUCAUCGGAAUGCCUUUCGGCGAAGCUAUGCGUAAUAUCUACAAGGCUUACAAAGAAGCUAUCCCAGCUCCAGUGAAUAGCGACGGUAAUGGUCAAGCAUCGAAUCCGGAGGUAUCCAGAUUCCUCCUCAGUGUCUUCCGUCCUGAAGAGGUGAACACAAAAUGGCAUGACCACGAACUUACGGUGGAACUGGUCAAAAAGGCUGGCAAAGGUUUGGGGCUCUGUGUUGCAGACCGAUAUCCACCGGAUCUAAGCUAUACAGAGGGAUCUGAAAACCAGACACCGCAUUCUUCAUAUGGAGUUGUGAUCACUGAAGUUAUACGAGGAUCUCUGGCGGCAGCCGAUGGUCGUUUGUUGGUCAAGGAUCAAAUCCUCAGCGUCAACGACGAAGAUGUUAGCACGUCGACAAGCGAGCUUGUUGGAGCUCUGCUACGAGUGGCGCCCCAAAAAGUUGUAAUCAAAGUUGGACGACUGAGAAACCAGAUCAUCCUUCCGGCUUUUCAUGGUUACGUCCAACCAGGAUGAGGACAGUCCUAUGUUCCACCGCCGAUUCUCGUGGCCGCGACAAAACCGUGCUUUCUGAAAACAACUUGGUCCCUAGCCUUCUAGAUGUUCGCACCCGUCGGGAAGACAUUUUUUCAGGUUAUCCUCUCGUCCCUCAACUUUUUGGGCUGUGCAGCAUCAACUUUGCCAUCCAGUUAGUAAUUCAUACACUUCCACGUAUUUACACAUUCCACAGGCAGAAACUGACCAACAUGUCGAUCGAUCGAACAUUGUGCCCCUGUUCCCUUUGUGCUGGCCUGUUCGUAUGAACAAGCAUUGUGGCUGGUGGAAUUUUAGCCAAUUUUCGAGCCCCGACGUGAUGGCAUUUGUGUGGUCGAAUAGACAAACACACACACAGAGGUUUCAUCUCCCGUGUUCCAGGUGACAUGACUACAUAGUUCAUUACCACGUGUAUGAAGAGUUUUCACCAACAAACAAACAAACAAGCUCUCACCGUUCUUUCAGCUUUACAGAUAUUGGUC